UGGCUUUAGAAUCGGACGUCAGUUAUGCCAUGUGUCGUGCCAUCAUUUCCACCACCCUCCCUUUCUUUCUCUCAUCGCCUUUCCCUCAUUAUUCAUGAUUGAUACUCAUACCCCCACCCUUAAGAAACCUUCAUAACAGAAAAUAUUCACUUUCUCUCUCGUUACUCUACCUAAAGCUACUUAGAUCUUUCCGCUAAUAAGGUUUGGUUUUGAUAGGCGGCUGAUCAGGUUUGUAAACAUGUCUGGUGCUACAAACCAGUUGAUAUCUAUUACUCCUGACGAGCUCAAAUUCCAAUUAUCACUUGGCUUUCCUGUGUUAGUUGAGCUGGAGAAACAAAGCUACUGUGAUCUUAAAGUUACAAACAGCACAGAGCAUUAUGUUGCUUUCAAGGUGAAAACUACUUCUCCUAAAAAGUACUUUGUUCGGCCAAACACGGGUAUCGUACAUCCCCGGGAUUCAUGUUUUAUACGAGUCACCCUCCAAGCUCAAAAAGAGUACCCCCCGGACAUGCAAUGCAAGGACAAGUUCCUCUUACAGAGCACCAUUGUGAAUAAUGAUGCUGAUGAACUUCCUCCAGAUACUUUUAAUAAGGAUAGUGGAAGAAAUGUAGAAGAGUGCAAGCUUAGGGUUGUUUACAUCUCUCCUCACUCAUCUCCUGGACAUUCAGAAGAUGCGUUUAAACAAAGUUCUGAUGUCAAUUCUAGUCAAGCAGUGCAGCGUGCCAGAGAUGAAAGGGAUGCAAUUUUCCGACAAACACAGCAGCUGCAACAGGAACUGGAAAUGUUGAAGAGACGAAGAAAUCGGAGAAGUGAUGCAGGCUUCUCUCUAAAGUUUGCACUCCUUGUGGGACUCAUUGGGUUAAUGGUCGGAUUUCUGUUUAAACUGUUGAUGUCUUCACCUUCUACAGAAUAGCUCAAGUCCCCUUGUUUGUGGAAUUAAAGUUUUUCUUUUAGUUUACUGUAUAAUUUUUCUAGUGUUGGCGAGCUAGAGAGCUUCUAGCUCUGUUCUUUCUGUGUAAAUUGAUCAUUUUUGUGAUACUUUGUAUUUGUUCUAACCAUUUUUCAGUUCAUAUAUGUUUUUCUUGAAAA